AUGUACAGCUUCCCCAGGUCUCAAAUGGACACCACUCUGAAGCUCCCUUUCAACUGGCAGAUGAAGACGCAUCAACCCAAUCAUUUUCCAAUGCAGAGUUGGGUGGUUGCUCUUUUGACAAGGUGGAGGUUUUGGAAUUAUUCAGACUGUGAGUCGUCUUCUCUCAGCCAGCAAUUCGAGAUUCCUAAGUCCUACGUGGUCAGCUUCCAGAAGUCGUUUCAUCCUCAUAUUCCGAUCAUAGACACCGCUGUGCCAAUACAGACUAUCAACGAGACGAGUCCUUUUCUUUUCUGGACCAUUAUCUUUCUCGCCAGCAGAUAUAACAGAAAUUACGUCCACAAGUCCAACCUUCUCGUUGAAUCAUACUCCGAUCUUGUGGUUCAGACAGUAGUGAAGACACCGCUUUCCUUCCACACAGUCCAGGCGAUGUUGUGCCUCUGUACAUGGCCACUGCCCGUCAUGCGCCAGCAACAGGAUCCCAGCUCUAUGUACUCAGUGAUGGCAGUGCAUGCGGCCUCACAACUGGGACUACCACUGGCUGCUGAUCUGGCGUCGCGCACAUUCGUCAGCCUUCAGGCAGAUUUUCGCCGUGGAAUGGCGAAGACUUGGCUUGAGUGCUUCAUCACGAGCACUAACCUUGCACUCAUGAACGGAUUAACCCCGCCCUUGAGAACCCCAAACGACCUCCGUACAAUCAAGCGCAUGAUUAAGUUCGACAAUUUGCCCACGAAAUUAGUAGUCGAAGCGGAAAUCUUAAGGUGCUUAACGAAGCAUUAUGACUCUCUCGUCGGGGAGAUGGACAGUUUCGCACGAGACACCAUCGUCCAAUUGUGUGAUCAAGAGCUUGAUAGUAUUACGGCUCGGCUGCAGUGUUCCUUUGAUUCCCAUCUAAGUUUUAUUUUCUGGAUGGCAAAGCUUCACAUGUACGCACUGGCGUUAGUGAAGGAAACCCAGCAACUGAAAGACAAACAGUAUUUUGAGCCUGACACCUUGUGCUCAACAUUGCAGCAAUUAGCUAUGACAACGGCCUACCGCGUCAUUGAUAUAUAUUGCAAUGAUCUCGGAACCCCAACAUGCAACACUUACGACACGAGCCUGGUGAAUCAACACAUUGCAUUUCCCAAGAGCUUCUUCUUUGGGGUCAUGGUCGCAACCUUUUUGCUAAUCAAAUACUCCGUUCUCAACAGAUCCACCUCGACCGAGAGGAAAGCAGAGUCUCGUCGCAAAAUUCAGAUGGUACACACCAAACUCCAGGAUUACUCAUCGCACCAAUACACUGAGCCAGGUCGAGCCGCUUCCGUCAUCGAAGUGCUUUGCCGAGGCAGUCCGGAUACAAUUGAGCUUGGAGCAGAAAUCGAGGUCGGGGGAGGCGCAUCGAUUGCAUUGAAUGCCCUCAUAGCUGCCGCAAACCUUCGCGGAAAGCGCAACUUGAAAUCUCACUUGCUACAAAGACUCAAUCCUGUGUCUCCAACAUCAACGUCUGACAAGUCACAGCUGACAGCUGAUGACGCUGGCCACUCAACUCCAGCCAAACCCAUAUCUGAAAUGCUUGAGGAGACUGCGUCUCUUCCCUCCGAUGUUUGGAAUCAGUCAUUCAUGGAAUUGCUGGAUUUCAACAGCUCGACUCUCGAUUUUGAGACCGAGGAUGGCACAUACAUCGCACAUGACUGA